AUGGGGAGCGUUGAAAUUGUCAUCCAGUCUCGCAUCAAUAAGUUCCAAAAAACGUUAAACUGCCUUAUCGUCCCAAAUAUAACUAGUGCUAUUCCUAAUAAACCCUUUCCUCGAGAAGCAAUCGACAUACCUAAUGGGAUUCGAUUAGCUGACCCACAGUUCCACGUUCCACGUUCCGUUGACAUCCUCAUAGGCUCAGGUGAAACACUCUCAUUCCUAUCCAUUGGGAAACUUUAUCUGUCAAGAAAUAAUUGCGAUUUGUAUUUACAAAAAACUCAGCUAGGGUGGGUAAUAGUAGGAGGCAUUAAGUCAAAUCCAGAGGGCGUUGCUACAUGUAAUUUGGUAGAAUUGAACGAACAACUCGCGAAAUUUUGGGAAUUGGAGGAGGUUAGUAAUCAGUCAGUUUUUACCACGGAGGAGAGCGCAUGCGAAAAUCAUUAUGUACAGAAUACCAGACGUGAUGAUAGUGGUAGGUAUAUCGUUAGGCUGCCUUUUAAAUCACCAAGUCCAGAAUUAGGGGAUUCUCGUUCUAAAGCCUUCCAGCUACUGCAAGCUAUGAAACAUCGAUUUAAGGGUAAUCCUAACCUCGAAGUAGAAUAUACAAAGGUUAUGCAGGAAUAUGUAGACUCAAAUCACAUGACACUGAUAGAAGAUAAGGGUGCCGGGGGAUAUUGUAUGCCCCAUCACGCCGUUGUCAAACCAUUUAGUACCACAACGAAGACCCGAGUAGUUUUCAAUGCAUCUUCCAAGACCGAUAAAAAUCUUUCGCUGAAUGACAUGCUCAUGGUGGGGCCUACAAUUCAACCAAAACUCUUCAACCACCUCCUCAGGUUUCGCACUCAUACUUACGUCGUUACUGCAGACAUAGAAAAGAUGUAUAGACAGAUUUUAGUAGAUCCCCGGGACCGGCCCUAUCAACGAAUUCUAUGGGUACAUCAGGGUAGAAUUAGGACUUACGAGCUGAACACGGUUACCUUUGGAGUAUCAUCCGCUCCCUUUCUAGCUAUUAGAACGAUUCAUCAGUUAGCAGAGGAUGAAAGGGCAAAUUUCCCUAGGGCUAGUGUUAUCUUAAAGCGGGAUUUUUAUGUAGAUGAUCUACUUACUGGGGCAAACUCUUUACAGGAGGUUUUACAGAUUCGGGAUGAGUUAAUUCAAUUGUUAGCUAGCGGGGGGUUUCCGAUUAGAAAAUGGGCUUCAAAUCACGCUCAUGCACUUGACGACUCAGAGGGGAGGGUCUUUAAAAUGGANUAA